UUGAUUCGUUCUUCAAAUCUAAGUAAAAUGGCGUCAAUGGCGCGUGAGGAUAUUGAAAGUUAAAAUAUUUAUUUGGUUUAUCGGAAUUAAUUAUUAACUAUGUUGAAUGUGUUAAAAGAAAAUUAAAAUACAUUUCAAUGUUUAGUACUAAAAGUCAGCUCAAGAAGCGUACUCCUGAAAAUGGUACCGAUCGUGAAAAUUUCUUGUCAUUAUUAGUUGAUGAAUAUUUGAACUCGAAUUCAUUUGAUGCUAAAUGCCAAGUUUUAGCUAAUUUGGCAAAUUUCGCAUAUGACCCAAUCAACUAUCGCUUCAUAAGGGAUGUUGGCGUCCUGGAUAUAUUCAUGUAUGUUUUAAAAAAUGAAUCAAACAACAAACUCCUAAGCUUUGCAUGUGCUGGUGUUUGCAACUUAUGCAUUGAUCCAUUGAAUGUGACAUACAUCUUGCAACAUUUGGAAUUGAAGUAUAUAAGGAAUUUACUACAUUCUGAGGACAGUGAAAUAUUGGCUAAUACUAUCACUACUCUAAUAUACCUCUUCAGUGAGCAAACAAGAAGUGAAAUAAACAUACCUGAAGUUUUACAAGUUAUCCACAGGCUAAAGGAUUCUGAGGACAAAAUAAUAUCAAACUUGGCAAAAGUAUUUAUAAAAGAUGUCUGUAAUGAGGAAUAACUAUACAAAUAAGUAACUGAAGGAAGAAACUGCUUCAACAUGAACAAAAUACUAUCAAACAGAUUUCCCUAUAUAGCAGUUAAUAAUAAAAAUUACCAGAAAAUAUGUAAGAUUCAUACACCUACAUUUAGCAGUACAGCUUUCAAAGCUGGAGACAAAAUAAGAAUUCAGAAGACAUUAACACAGAAAGACCUAGACACAUUUUCGAAUCUUACAAGUGACCAUAAUUAUUUGCAUCAAAAUAGUGGUAAUAAGAGGCCCAUUGUUCAUGGGGCACUUUUGAAU